AUGCUUGACAUCUCCUCUUUCACAUUCAUCUCAGGCCGGCCGGCAGCUUUGUGUAAUUUAAGAGCUGCUACAGAGGCUCUGAUCUGCUUCCUCGAUCCCUUAAAAACAUUUUGUUUCUGUCCCAUUCCAGCCCUUCCAAGCUACACCUGUGGGAAUCCAGGCCAGCUGCUGAAUGGCAUGCAGCAGGGCUCUACCUUCAACAUCGGGGAUAAGAUCCGCUACAGCUGCAACCAGGGUUAUGUGCUGGAGGGCCACACUGUGCUCUCCUGCCUUGCCACUUCCUCCGGCACCGCUGCCUGGGACUUCCCCCUGCCCUACUGCCGAGCGGAUGAUGGCUGUGGCGGCACACUACGGGGUCAAAGUGGUGUCAUCACCAGUCCAAAUUACCCCCAGGAGUACAACAACAACGCAGACUGCACCUGGACAGUGCUGGCCGAACCAGGAGACACCAUCGCCUUGGUCUUCUCUGACUUUCAGUUGGAAGAAGACUACGACGUUCUGGAGAUAACCGGCACAGAAGGAUCCUCUCAGUGGUGAGUGACCUAACAGUUUGCUUUUUCAGGCGUCGCUGGGGAAAACAAAGUCUAAGCAGCGAGAACGCUUGUUGUGGUGCUGUUGGCAGCGGGUAGGUGUUUUACAAGAGAGAGGAAGCCAGGAGAACCACAGUCAUGAAACAUCUCAGCACUUGUUCAA